AUGACAAUGUUGGCCAAGAAAACAAACGAACUCCAACAGUUUGUUCUUGAAAAUGGGCUGGGUAAAAGAUCCAUGAAAUGGACUUCCAUCGAUGCUGACAGCAACAUCGUAAAGGAUUUCCCCAGACUUGCUGAAGAGGACAUUAGAGAACUCACCAUCGGCGUGUAUCAGUUAAAAACGGCGAAGUCUUAUGCAACAGAGCACCUCACAGAUGAUGGAAUGUUUGAAAUUGUGGUGAGCAAUGACGUUCCCAAUAUCGUUUGUGCUAAAAUUCAAAGCCGCCACACAUCAGCCAAAAAGUACUCACUGUGGAUUAAAUACUGUGAAACUAUCGUGUCCUGGUACUGUACUUGUAAAAAUGGAGCACGAGUCGUUGGAAUGUGUGGGCACAUAUCCUGCAUUAUUUGGUACCUGGCCUUUGCCGGACAUCUUAGUAAUGCAGGAGAUGAGUCUCUUGGUAUUCGGGAUUGGACAGAGGAUGUGGAUGAUGCAGCUCGAGCCAUUGACAGCUCCGAAGAUGAAGACGCUCUGGAUAAUCAGGGUCAGGAAGAGUAGCUAGCAGACUUACACGUAGUUUGUGCGGUAUAUGUAAU